AUUCGUUUUAGUCUAGCGGAUGAAAUGGUUGUGUGCGAUUAUUUAUAUUUUAUCGUGUUUUUUACGUAAUUGCUUAAUUUAUUACAAUCGUUUUUAUCAAUAUCCUUAAACUGUACAAUUCCAUUUUAAGUGUAAUGUGUUAUUUAAUGAUUGGAGGUUAAGACAGGUAACAUGCGGUGUAAUAACUGUAAGUUACAAAAAGAUUAAUGCAAAAUAAUCAUAUCAAUGUAGAUUUAAAAUACAUUUGAUAGUCAUGAAACUAGACGUUUAACAAAUAAUGAAGUUAUUAUUUGAAUUAUUUUUGCUAUUAUGGAUAUUUCAACCGUUAAAAAGUGUCAAGAUAAACGAGACGAAUCUAAUUGAACAUUUAACGCCAUCAGAAUGGAAACAUUUUGUUGGACCCAAUGCAAGUCAGCAUUUUGGCGUAACUUACCUAAAUUCAAAUAUUCCGAAAAUCGGACUAGUCAAUUUUACAUCUAAUCGAUUGGGUCGUUAUUUUCAAUUAGACUUACAAAAAAAUGACGAUUUAUUUGACGACAAAUUUGUCAUACUAAAAAGAAAAAAUGGAAAAUCAGAAAUAAUAGAUAAUCAAUGGAAUGAUACGGGUUGUUAUUACCAUAGUUUUUCACCCCACGUUGCUGCACUCGACGUCUGCAACGGAUUGAGGGGCAUUCUUAAAUCAAACGAGGAUGAGUUUUAUGCCAUAAGUCCAUUACCGGAACGAUUUCACGGAUUGGAUGAAACACCACACGUAAUCGUCCGACUAGAAAACGCAGCCAAGCUAAAAGAUUCCCUUGGUAAAUUUAUUGCCGUAAAUGAAUAUAGUAAAUUACCCAAAAUUCGAUCGAAAAGAGCUAUUUGGUCACCAUCUGAGUUGAAUGUGGAAAUAGCCAUAUUUGUAGAUCAGGACCUUUAUAGACUCAUGGCCGUGAAUUUUGAAUCUAACACCGAAAAAGAAAUUAUUCGAUUUGUUUUGGCUAUGGUCAACGCUGUUGAUUUGUUGUAUCACGACCCAUCUCUAGGCCGUCAAAUAAAUUUCAUUUUAAAAAGACUAGAGAUUCUGCAUUCAGAUCCCGAAGGACUGAUAAGGUCUAAUGAUAUAGACAGAUUUUUAAGCAAUUUUUGUAAAUGGCAACAGACGGAAAAUCCACCUCAAGAUUCGGACCCUCUGCAUUGGGAUCAUGCCGUUAUACUGACUGGCCUCGAUUUGUUCGUGACCGGCAAAAAUGGUAAAAUCAGCAACCAAGUGGUAGGUCUUGCUCCAGUCGCUGGCAUGUGUACGAAAACUAGCAGCUGUACUGUAAACGAAGGACGUCAUUUUGAAAGCGUUUACGUUGUCGCUCACGAGAUCGGCCAUAAUUUGGGAAUGCGGCAUGAUGGAACUUCGUCGGACAACAAUUGUGAUCCGACAAGUUACUUGAUGUCACCGACCCUGGGAAGUGGUAAAAUUACAUGGUCCACGUGCAGCCAUGAGUACCUGGAGAAGUUUUUACAAAGCUCGCAAGCAGGGUGCUUAUUUGACGACAGUGGUACUUCUGGAUACAUGGACCAUAAGCAACAUGGUCGUUUACCUGGCGAGCGGUUCGACGCACAUGAACAGUGUUUGCUUAAAUAUGGCCGAGGAAGUAUACACGCCACUAGUCAAGAUAUUAGUGAGGUUUGUCGUGAUUUGCAUUGUCAACGAGACCGAUAUACAUGGACUUCACAUCCUGCGUUGGAAGGAACACUGUGUGGUCCAAAUAAACAAUGCAAAAUGGGUUUGAAAUCUGUAGUAGAUUAUGCAACAUCAAUUUGUUCUAAAUAUGGUCAAAAAGUGCAGAGACUUUCUGGUUUAGGAAUGCAACUAUCAUCAGUGCCAGAGGAUAUGGAUAGACCAUGUAGACUUGCAUGUCAAGAUCAAACAGUUCAGCACAGAUUUUAUAUUGUUAACGGUGAAAUCGGAUGGUUUCCAUUUGGUACUGAUUGUGCUCGAGGAGAUCCGGAUCGACGGGCAUUUUGUUUAAGUGGGAAAUGUUUAGAUUUUGGAGUGGAUAACAUGCCACUAUCGGUGGAAGAAGUAACAUCACAUAAUAAUUUCAGUUCAAAUAAUCGUAUAAAAAGAAGUCCGUCAGUGCAGGAUAGCGAUUAUACAGUGGAACGGAUCAUACAACAUUUCUUUAAUAUAAACAAAGAUAAGAAAAAAUCAACUAUAGAUCGUGACAUAAUAUCGCUAGACCUUGAAAAUCCUAUAGAAAUCCAUAUUACGUGAUUAUAAAAUGAUGUAAUGACUAUACAUUUAGUUAUUCUGUCGAAAAUAUAAAAAUGUGCGAUCAAUCAA